ACUUUCGUUUAGUCAAAUGCACGAUUAACUUUUCUUACGAUGCACCGUUUCCUGAAAAAAAGAGUAGAAAUUAACAAACCGUCAAAGAAAUGUAAAUUUUGAUGACUUUAUGAAACAUUUACUCAAAAAUCAGGCUUUGUGAAACACUUAAAUGAAUGACUUUGACUGUUUGAAAACGCAAUCAGUGCCUGUAGUUGGGAGUGGCAAGUGGAACAAGGUUAAGAGAUGCGGCUUGUGCGGAAAGAAAGCGUGGACGAGCCACAGGAGGGCACGGAGGAAUAUAGGCAUGCCAUCAAAUCUGUGAUCAAAUGCCAAAUACAGUCAUUGUUACAGAAGUUAGCGAGCGAGCUAGGUGAGGAGACGAUAGUUAUCAGUACCAAUGUUACAGCAGGAACGUACAGUCAGUUUGGCUCGUUUAUGGGACGGGAAUUCCUCGAGGAAAAAGAUGACUACGUCCAGUCAAUGAGUUAUGGCUUUAAUGCUUUUUGUUCAGAGAAGCAGAAACUUGGGCUGGUGCAGCAUGAUGGUAGUGACUAUAAUGUUGGCACAGAGGAAAUACAUUCUGAUGUAGCAAGAACUACUUUGCCAGCCCCAAGAAAGAAAACACCAAGAAAACGACCUUUGACCCCAAAUUAUGAGUCACAUUCAAACAAGAGGAAGCAGACACAUUAUCCAGUUGAGACUGGUUCUAGUCAAUUGUUCAAUAAAAGUAUGUUUCAGUACCAGUCAAACAUGAAUACCAGUCCAGGGAAGGGAGGUAAUUCUAUUCAUAUGGAGGGAAGUAACUCUAGUCAGUUUACUGAUAGAAAUUCUAGUCAAUGUGAAAGAGAGGUAAGCAAGAUAUACGUACCCAACGUACCGUUUAUAAAGUCGGAGCCGAUAGAUGAUUAUACGCCGAUGUCUGGAGAUUACAGGCCGGUAACUACCAAUGGAAACUCUCCCGAUAAUAUGAUAUCACAUGACACAGAUGUUUCUCCAAAUGAAGAAUCUGCCAAGAACAGUAUUGCGAACAGACCAACAUCUCUGAUUCCUUUAGCCAAUAUCUUCAAGAAGUAUGGCACUAAGCCAAUAAAAAAUGAGCCAAUGAAAACACCCGAAUCCAUUCCGGAAAGUCAAGACAGGGAAGACAACUUACCAUCAGAAAAAAGUAUCCUCCGUUCCUUGUACAAUCAGCCUCUUUACGGACUCGAAGAUAAUAGCAGUGGUACUAAUGACUUUGAAAAUACAGGUCAGGUUGGGAUAAAUUUACCUUCAAACUUGGGCGAGAGUAUGGAUCAGUUUCCGUCCACUACGGAAAACCUUGUUCUGUCCGGUUACUACGACUCGGAAAGUUACCCUGCCUAUCGCCAUAACAAGAAACAUCCAGCAAACAGCAGCUCUAAGAAAUCCAAAGGUAGAGACAAAGCAAGCACCGGGAAUACCUCUUCUUCUGCUAAUCCAAGCUAUGUGGACUCGUUAGUGAGUCCAGGAGGCUCUGAUCUUAAGAUGAGAAUGUUCGAAUCUGGUGGUAGACUCGUUUACGCUUGCGAUGUGUGCAAGAGAGAGUUAUCCCACCUGACAAGCUACCGUCGUCAUAUGAAGCUUCACACAAUGGAUCGGCCACACAAAUGCCCAGUCUGUUCCAAGGGUUUUAUACGCAAGUACCAUUGUAUCGAUCAUUUGAAUAAGCAUCACAAGGGCGUUGACUUUGAUCACGAUACACUGACUAUACGUGGAAGCUCAAAAAGCUUAAACGAGUCGACUUCAUACUCCGAAUCUCUCAGCGUCUCACCAGGGGAAUAUAAUUACACUUUGGAUCAGUCCCUCGAAGAAACUGACCAAUCAGUGAAUGCCAGCGUUGACCAAUCAGUGAACGCGAGCAUUGACCAAUCAAUGAACGCCAGCAUUGACCAAUCAGCUUCUAAUAUGCUCUCCGAGCUAGCUAGAUCUGCUCAGAAGGCACAACUUCUUCACCAAUCGGAAUCAGAGAUUAUCAUCGCCCCACAUUCAGAGCCGCUGGAACUGAACCAGUCAGAAGACGAUACAUUGAAAAAUUGUCAGUUAGAGGGAAUUGACUCGAAAACUCCCGAAUCAGAAAGCAGCAGAAAAGAGAACGAGAAUCCAGACGAUGUUAAAGUCGUGAAAGAAAAUGGGUCAGAGUUAGAUGAUCAGCCAAUCAAAAGCUCCCUUGUAAAGCCUGAAAGCAGCUCAUUGGCUAGAAAAUAUGAGGUCACUGAAGGGAUUAAAGCAAUCGUUGCUCACUUGAAAUCUUCGUCGAAAAAGAAAAAGAUGACGUCUGAUCGUGAAAUUUCUCCAGAAUGUUUCAAAACUGAGGAAGAAGUAUGAGAUUGAUACGCUGUUGUGUGUCAAGGUCGUACCUUUGAGAAGAUAUAUAUCGGAAACCCGUUAACGUUAAAAGUACAGUUUGAAAAAUGAGGUGAUUAAAAGCAUUAGAAAUCCUUAAAAUAUGAUCGAGCUAUCACUUUUGAACAUGAAUGUAUACGUAUUAUGUACAUAAAAGUAACAACAAUUAUGUGUUAUGACCUUUGAAGAUAUUUUCGAGACAAAGGUCAUGUGAUGUAACUUGUAAUGUGUAUUCAGCCUUUGAAUAUAUAUAAUAUUAUAUUCAGCAUUAUUUUACAGAUGGUGGUUAUUCUUAAAAAAAUGUGUUCAUUAACAUUAUAUUUAAUGUAUAAGAUAUUUGAUGGGUUUUUUUUGCGUGUUUUUGUCGGAAAAUUUUCGUGGAAUAUGUAUACCUUUUUUUACGUUCAGCUAGUCAUGUUGUUAAUUAAGGUCAUAGAGUGCACCUGUUUUAAUUCUAUAUUGUCACCUUAGUGCAAUAACUGAUUAACUCCUAUUA